UAAAACUAUCAUUUUUUAUGCAUGUUUCUCUUAUUUUCUAAACAAAAAUUUAUUAUAAUUCUGGAAGAAUAUUUUAAGUGUGUUUGAAAAUAAACUUCUUAAUUGUAAGUAUAUAAGAGUAUGUAAACCACAUAUAUGUAAAAUAGAUCAAUCUCCUUCUUUUUCUUCCUUUUCUUAAAUCUGCUGGUGCAGAAGCGUAGCUGAGAAAUUGAAUAGAAAUUGAGUUUCUCGUAGGUGGUCGGAAAGCCGUAGUAAUCCAGUGUGGUCUCUCGGAGGACGCUUCUCCUAUCAGGAUACGUCCGCUUCAUGAAGAAAAAGUAGUACUACGCGCUUUUGCAUCCAAUUCACCGGUCCGCUUUGGGAACAUCUCCUCUUUUUCUUUAACGAAAAAGCGAUCGGCGAUAAAUUUCAUUGACGCUUGGUUUACUCAUUGUCAGUGUACACGCCUGUGGUGGGGAUUCGAUUUAUAUAAGCUUUGCGAAUACAAGCUAUCGGGUUUUCCUUGCGCAGCGGUCCUGAUGGAGGCAAGAAUCCUAGGAUUUCGCAAUGUUCUCGCGAUUCUUUUGCUGUUCGCCUGUUUCUGGUUGCAAACCAAAGGCUCGUUUGAACCUGAAAGAUUGCAACGAAAACUAGCUGCUUUGUAUAAUAUCUUUGACUAUGUAAACAAAAGACCCCAACAGAUGAACGUAGAUCUUACUUACGGUAUUACUUUAACCGAGGCUAAUUUGAUAGCAACAUUUAAACACAAAAAUGUGCAAUAUUUAGAAAAGGAAUUCUACAACGCUCUUAAAGAAUUAGUUGAAUUAUCUGAUUUAACUCGAAGAAAUUUGAUGAUUAACGUUGUUCCGUGGGACAAAACCGAAUUUCUUCUGCAAUCAACUUUAAAUUAUCCCAAUUUGUGGAUAAGACCUAUAUCAUGGACAAGAAUUUCUUCAGAAAUGCGACCUAUUCCAAACCAGAGAUUGAACUAUUCAGAAAUUGUUGCAUCGUUAUGGCAUGGAACGCCUAACGGCAGAGAAAGUGACGCAUGCUUACUUGAAAUUAUGCAUAGUAGUUUGAAUGGAACAUGUCAAGUUCCUCAGAUUUGCAUCGAAAUGUUGACUAGAGAUGAUGAUACUACAGGAUAUCCUCUCACUCAUAGAUUGCUUAUCAUUCAAAUGGUUAAAGCGUUUAGAUUACGAGAAACUAAUGCGGCAUUGUUUUCUUACUUGAUACCUACAUACUGUGCCAGGAUUCUUCAAGAUCUCGUCAAUCUUGAAGCAUGGAACUUUCCAAAUCCAUCCCAAGAUCUUAUGACUCAGCAAAUCCUUUUAUGCGGUAUAGAAGGUUAUUCCGAAUUCGUCAAUAAACGCUAUGAAGAUUUAAUAUUAAGUUGGCCUCACUCAAGCGGCUGCUUUAGCUCAUUCACAAAGUCUCUUGAAAAGCACAAAGUUGCUCGACGAUCAACAAGACUAACCGAUUUUGGGUGCGACAGUCAUAUGACAGGCCUUGCUGCUGCGAGUCUUUCCAUAUUUGUUCGAGAAAAUAUUGAAAAUGCAUUCAGCCAGUCUUAAACUUUUUCUGCUUUUAUAGUAUUUAAAAAAUUUAAUUUUCUUUGUUAAUGCUAAUUUUGAUUUAUUGGGCGAUUUAUUGGAUUUACUAUUAAAACAAUCUCAAAUUUAUGAUAAAAGUAUGACAUUAAUCGAAAAGCAAUUCAUAUCUGAUAAUAAUAAUAGUAAAGACAGAAGAUUAUUAUAAGACUGGAAAAAAUAUAAGAGUUACAAAUUGUAGUACUAAAGAAAAAUCAUAAUAAAACAUCAAGCAUAAAGGCAAACUUUUAUAAUGUUUCUUAUAAUUACCGAAAUAUGUUUCACAGAUUGCAUAAUUUGUUACAUGUACCCAUUCUCUUUAAAAAAAUAAAGAAAGUGAAUUAUUUGAAUA